AACAGACUGAGAGCCGGAGAGCUCCAGGAGUUCACAGUCUCUGUGUCUGUGUGAGUGUGUGAGAGAGUGUGUGUGAGUGUGUGUGUGUGUGUGAGAGAGAGAGAGAGAGUGUGUGUGUGAGAGAGAGUGUGAGUGUGAGUGUGAGAGAGAGUGAGUGUGAGAGAGAGAGACCACAGCACAGUCUCUCACACACACACACACAGACACAGGGAGAGAGAGGACAGCCCCCAGCCCUGCUCGGCUGCACCUACCCAGAGGGAGUGGGACACUCGGAGCAGACAGCCCUCCCCACCCACAGCCCGGGAGAGCUUCCCCCCCUCCAGCCCCUAUGCCUGACUCGGAGAAGGGAGGGGACGGAGCUGGUGUCCGCCUGGCCCCUGUACUCUGCACCGUCCUCCUGACCCUGGGGCUGUCAGUGCCCACCACCGCCCUGCUGGUCAUCUACUACCGAUGUGGAGCCGAGCCAGAGCGCCCCGAGCAGUUUCAGCACAAUGUGUCUCUGAGGGAAGGUGUUUUGGGGAGAAUACAGGAGAGGGGUGAGCACUGGGAGCAGAGUGACAGCGAGACGCCGGCUGCCCAUUUGAUUGGAAUCUAUCACCAGUCUCUCAAGGACAGUUCCGACGCUCACUCUUACCACACGCUGGAGUGGGAGUCGGUCAGGGGUUUGGCCUUUACUAGGGCCUCGGUGCGCUACCUUGGCCAGUCGCUGGUCAUUCCCAAGCGUGGGCUGUACUACGUUUACUGCCAGGUGGGCUUCCGCGGCAGCGAGUGUAAGAACCAGCCGGUGACCCUGUACAACCGGGUGUACCGCAAACACGACUCUUACCCCGAGCCCCUGCUCCUGCUGAGUGGCACCGAGACUGUGUGUGGCAAGAACCAUAACAAGGGCACCUGGUACACCACCCUGGGCCAGGGGGCUGUGGUGCAACUGGAAAGGGACCACCAGCUCUUUGUGAAUGUCAGCAACCCCCAUCUGGUGGACUACCUGGACGGAAAGACUUUCUUCGGUGUCAUCAAAAUCUGACGUCA